GGUGACAUGGAGGCCGAAUGUGAUUACAUAAGGCUGAAAAUUGGUAUCGAAAAUCUGGAGAGCGAGAGCACGGGCCAUGUAGGGCUUGCCCUCCACCCGCUUAGCGGGUUUCCCGAAGCUACGCCGGGGCGCAGAACGACCCUCACAAAUUCUUUUUGUCCCGCGAACUUUUCCGAAGAGAAGUUUCCUCAGCGAUACUAACCCCAAGUCGACCACCCCAACAGCCGUCGCCAUGCCUACCCGAUUCUCGCGCACCCGCAAGCACCGCGGACACGUCUCCGCCGGUCACGGACGUGUUGGCAAGCACCGCAAGCACCCCGGUGGUCGUGGUCUGGCCGGUGGUCAGCACCACCACCGCACCAACCUCGACAAGUACCACCCUGGUUACUUCGGUAAGGUCGGUAUGCGCUACUUCCACAAGCAGCAGAACCACUUCUGGAAGCCUGUCCUCAACCUCGACAAGCUCUGGACUCUCGUCCCCGCUGAGAAGCGUGAGGAGUACCUCGCCGGCAAGGGCGACAAGGUCCCCGUCAUCGACCUCCUCCCCUUCGGCUACUCCAAGCUCCUCGGCAAGGGCCGUCUCCCCGAGGUUCCCAUCGUCGUCAAGGCCCGCUGGGUUUCCAAGCUGGCUGAGAAGAAGAUCACCGAGGCCGGUGGUGUCGUUGAGCUCGUCGCGUAAAUCCGGUUAACGCCAUC